AUGGCGACCGCAAACCGCUUGUCGUUCAUGGAUGAAGAGGCUCCGCCCACAUACACGCCGUUUCCGCGGCCAGAGGAACAGUCGAUAGACGCCGGCGCCGGCGCGCCGAUAGUAAGGGCCCAGGCACCGCACAUAGUUUUCAACCCGUCGGACCCGCGCAGCCAGCACACACGCAAUUUUUAUGGCGGCGACAACGCCCCGCUGGUGCCGCCCAGACGGGCCGAUGUGGCGGCAGGGCCAAUGCCUGUCAACCCACGGCUGCCGCAGCGGCUGAACGCCGGCUACGAGCAGAUGGAGACGGCGCUGCACCUAACGCCACACAUGCAGCCGUCGCCGAUGCAGCUUCACCAGCCCAUAACAACAGCUGUCUUUUCGCAUGCACCGCCCGGCCCGACAGACGGCACGGUCAGCUACUCGACGCUGCGAGAUGCACCGACAACAGCGCGCGUUUUCCAGGGCCCGGGACAGUUGGCAGACACUGGCAGCAGCGACACCGCCCGGACGCCCUGCACCGCCGGAUACCCGGGCAUGCCUCACACAGCAGUAGUCACCGUCAAUUGCCCAGCAUGCAGGAACACAGGGUGGCUGGGGUCCAGGACACAGUGCUCCUGCCCAAUGGGCGUAGCGGCCAGAGGCCAGUUGGCGCGACCAUCUCAAUCGUCACUCCUGGGCUUUUUGGAGGACAUGCUGACGCCGCACCUCAGCAGCUACAGCAGCCACGCUGCGCAGCAGCAUCAGCACCCCUUUUCACGCGGCGGCGGCGGCGGCGGCAGCAGCACCACGCCCGCGUACGCGCACAGCAUCCCGGGCCUUGGGGCGCUGUGCCCCCACUGCACCGGCCGGUCGUACUUCCGCAAUGCUGGGGCGCAAGAGUUGCCGGCGGGCCGCGAGUUGGAACGGCAGUACGGUGGACCGCCGCCGCCGUGCGAAGUAUGCGGCAACCGCGGGCGGCUACGCUGA